AUGACACGCAACGAAAUUGUUCAACCAUUUCGGUGCGAUGAAGCACUGCCAAUCGUUACAUGGAACAUUCCAUACGAUGAAGCGUGUGACAACCACAUCUCCAGAACACUGGGCUGUUCACGGCCUUUCCUCAUCAUCUCCCGCUCCAUGAGUAGCACCACCGAUGCGGUUGACAGGAUCAGCAAGGCACUGUCGAGCGCUCACAUCGCAGGGAUCCAUAGAGGCAUGAAGCCCCAUACCUGGUAUUCUGAAGUUCUGGAAAUCAGCAAAGAGAUCGAACAAUCCGGGGCAGACUCUGUGAUUACCAUUGGGGGCGGUAGUAUUAUCGACGGAGCAAAGGCUGCAGUUUUCGCUGUUUCAAAUGAGGUGGACACCAUGCAAACAAUGGACGAUUUAUUCAGAAUGAGCCACGAGCGUCUUACACGCGCGGAUGGUUCAAGCUGCCCUGGAGUGUUGAGCUCAGAGCUAGGCUUAAAGCCGUCAGCAAUACCGAUAGUAACUGUCUCGACGACUUUAUCGGGCGGAGAGUAUAACCAUGUUGGUGGGGCUACUAACGAUCUCACUAAGCUCAAGCAGCUUUUUGUUGAUCCUGCACUGUCAGGGCCUCGCGUGAUUGUCCUGGACCCGGUUUUGACUCUGGGUGUCCCUCAACAAGUAUGGCUUUCAACCGGCAUGAGGGCCAUUGAUCAUUGUGUUGAAAGCUUUUGUGCAAAAGAGGUUACUACCGAGGCGUCUGAUACAGCAUUAGCCGGGCUGAAACUCUUGAUACCUGCAUUGCUACGCACCGCGAAGGACCCUAAAGAUCUCGACGCUCGCCUUGCCGCUCAGCGCGGGGCAUGUGAGAGUAUGAAGGGACUAUGUGUUUACCAAACGCCUCUAGGCGCAUCUCACGGCAUUGGACAUCAACUUGGCCCCUUUGGAGUGCCACAUGCAGAAACCAGCUGUAUCCUGCUCCCCGCAGUGCUGAAGUAUAACUAUUCGGCAAACUACGAAAGGCAGGCCAAGCUCUUCGCUAUAAUGUGGGAGGACACAGUGGUGUCCGAGGUCCUGCGAAAACAUUCGCUCUCUCCAGGUUCAAGUGAUCUUGGGGAUCUGUUGGAUGCUAUUAUCUGCGAGCUUGAGCUGCCGCGCAGCUUGAGGAGAUAUAGAAUAGGAGAGGAUCAGCUGCGGUCCAUUGCAAAAAAUAGCUUGAAGGACGCUAUGUGCAGGACCAACCCCAUUCCUAUCACCACCGAGGAACAGGUUAUGGCCAUUCUAGAGAAAUGCUUCUAA